CUGCAGCGUCAGAAAGAGCCUUGAGGCACGGCCUAGUGCGGAUCAAACAAACGGAAGGGGUUUAAAGUCACUAGGUCAUAUUUACGUGAAGUCGCAAGUCUUUCAUCGUUUUUGGUUAUUUAAAGCAAAACAAAGCGUUAACCUGAUUGCUAUAACAGAAACUGUGGAUAAUGGUGCAACGUGGUGGGAGAGGCAGGCGACAGGCGGUUCACUGAGUGAUUUGUUCCUCCUUUGCGCUGUAGAUGGAGAGAGCGCGUGCACAAUUCUAAGGAAAUCGCUUUCUGCUAGCGCGUGUGGAUUGAAUGAAACUGCGGAUUUGAGGCGAAGGCGUUCUUUUUGGUCGAAGGCGAAGAAUGAUGCGCAAAUAUUACCGGGAAAUUGUUUUAUUGCCCAAAUACCUUUAGAUUGUUGGGAUUAUUUUCCCUUGUGUUAAUUUGUUACAUUAGCCUAAAUUAAAAAUUGUGAGAGCCAAGCAAGUGAGCUUCGUAAACUACAGUCUAACAUACCUUAUAAAGCCUAAUUAUGUCCGUUUAGGGGAUCUCAGGGCAUACAAAAAUAAUACAGCUAAAUAAAAUUAUAUUUGAAUCCUGGACUUUGGAAUUGAAGAAUGGCUGUCAACACUGACACAGCAUUUGAAAAAUCUACACUUGGUGAAAGUGUUGCAGCACAACCCAACGAGUCCCAAGAGACAGAAAAACUUCUCAGCGCCGUGACUACAGAGCCCGGUGGCAACGGAAUGAAAAUGUCCAGCUCCUUCACAGUCAACGUUGGGGGCGAUAAGAACCUCGACACAGAUCAGAAUGGCCACAGUGUACCCCUCAGGUCGGGUUCGGCGGGACACCUGGGCGCUCCCCCGCUCUCCCCGUCCCGGGUCAGUUUGAGCCGCACCUCGUCCACCGGUAAUGCUGGCGUUCAAGAGGCACAAAAUCCCAAAGACUAUCUCAUACUCGUGAUCAUCUCCUGCUUCUGUCCUGUCUGGCCCGUCAGCAUCGUAGCAUUGGUAUAUUCAAUUAUGUCCAGAAACAGUCUCCAGUCAGGGGACAUGGACGGGGCCAAGAGACUGGGUCGUCUGGCUCGCCUGCUCAGCAUCGUGUCCAUCAUCCUGGGUCUGCUCAUCAUCGUGGUCUACGUGGUGGUCUACGUGACCAGUAAAUAGCUCUGAGGACACCAUGCAUGCUGCAGACCAAUCCCAAGAUGCAUCAUGGGAAAAUCUACCGAUUCUGACCAUUCCAAAAAUCAAAAAAGAAGCAAUCUUCAUCAAUGCCUCACUGUAAUUAGGCCUUCUGAGAAACACAGCAAAAAAUAAACAAGUUCUAUUAAGAGUAGGUGCCGUAGCAAAGCAAACCAAUAAGCAAAAACAUAAAAGAUCUAAGAAAUGCAUGCUUUAGACUUCUGUAACAUUUGCUUGAUAAAGAAAAAAAACUUGAUAUAAUGUUUUAAGAAUGAAAGUGAUGGUUUACACUCAGGUUGGAAAGACUCACUGCAUCUCUCUCUGGACUAAUGGAGUCUGAAAAUGACAUGGAGAUGAUGACUAAAGGAAAGAGGGAUGGAGCAAAAAAAUGAUGUAUUCUGUAUGAAGAAAGGUGGGAACUCUUCAAACAGGCACUUCAAAGCUUUGGGACCACGAACCUCAGAUAGGUUAUAUGGUGACCUUAAUAUAUUCCUAGUUUACCUUGUUGCAUUAAAAACAUAUACAGUCUGUAUAACUAUACUGCUAAAGUUUGCAAUUGUAGUUUACAAAAUGAUCUAAAUGUGCAUUUUAUAUAAGGUUUGUAUGUGGGGUUGAGCGUGGUUGAUUGAGACUGUUACGCAUAAGAGUGGUUGUUGCCUUGAAUGGCAAAAUGUUGGGGAAAGAAACACAAUUUGGCUGAUUUAGCUGAUUUUUACAUUUGUUUUUCAUUAUUUUGUAGACCUUUUGACAAAACAGAGAUCACCUGCAUGCCUUGUCUUGAAGGUAGUAUGUAUAUCUGUGUUCAAUUGGGAUGUAAACAAUCUUUACCUGUCUGUGUUGUUUUGACUGGAAAUCUAAAGAAAUUAGCUGAGAGAAUACAGAAAGUUGUACAUUCAUGUGAACCAUGCUUACAUCCUACUGCUACUAUCACUUCCGACCUCCCCUCUUGCCCCUCCCAUUCUGCGCCCCCCCUCCCCCCACAACCCCUUGCCUUGCUCUGGGAGGAGCCUGAUUAUAUUGACACGCAUGCCAACCCUCCCGACCCCCAGCCCCCCCCCUCUCCCAAACCAUAAGUCAUUUAAUUGGCCACCUUAUCACAUCCGAUUUCCACUUCCUCCUUCGAACCUCUUUGACCAUCUCCACACAUUACCUGUAAUACCUUGACUGUUAAUGUAAAUUGUUUCACUGAAUGUCUUUUAUACUAUACACAAACACCACCACUUUCUCCUCUACAGUCAUCCCUACCUACUCUUACCCCUCUGUAACCGUAUUAUGAUACUGUAUGAAUUUAUAUGAGAAUAUAUAUGCAAUAUAUAGGCAUGCUAUGGGACAAACAGUACACCGUUUUUUGGUAAUGUUUCUGUGUUAGCCUUCCUGUGCUAAAGGUACAUUGCUUUAAUUGACAGUAGUUGUAGUAUGUCUGUGUUCUGUAGCACGCCAGUCUGUCUGCAUUUGCCUCAUCUGGUAGAAGUCCCAUUGUACAGGUUUACAGUAACUAUGGUAACACACAACAGAACUUUAUUGUAGGGCAGUAAUAUCACUGGAAGACAUAAAGCCUUAUAACUUAUGUAUAGGUAAUCCAUUUACCUUAUUACCUUGCCACCUUGCUUAUUUAACACACUUGGUUGCACAAGUCCGACCAUUUUCAUAUCACUGUUUUAAAAUUGUCUUUAAUUUAACUACCUUGUUUAAGGGCUUAGAGAAGAGAUAACUAGACAUGAUUAAUAAUUUGAUUGAUUGAUUAUUCAAGAAUAAUACCUCCAACUUUAAUCAAAGUUAGAUUUUUUUGCCCAUAAAAGUAUAUAUGGUAGUUGAAAACAGCCUUUGGGGUAUAAAAACCUUCUCGAAAUAAGUAACAAAAGCUGAAAUCCAAAGAAUCCUCUCCCAAUGUCGCUCCCAUUUGACCGGUGUCUUACACAUAAUAGAAUAAACUCUAGACUGUUCUCAAUAUCUCUUCCCACUCUUUACCUUCUGGGGUAAAAAGCAGAUGUAUUUACCUGUCUGGAUAGAGCUACAGAUGUUUACUACACUGGGCAUAUGCCUUUAAAACCUUUCCUCAUCAUUCACUGUAAAGUACAGUACUUCACUGUCUCUCUGGGCAUGUGUCAAUUCCAGACUAUACAGUAGUUCUAAGAUUCAUUUUAAGGGAUGACGUAUGCUAUUUCAAAGCAGGUUAGCUGAAAAGCAUGAUAAGUUGGGGUGAUCCUAAAACGAUGUCUUGCGUGAGACGCAUACAUUCUACUGUCACAAAAUUCUCAAAAUUAGUCUUUUUUUUUUUUUUACUUCAUUAUUUUUCCUUUGGAUGUCUACACAACAGGUUUACAUCUCUUUCUUGUGUACAUUUUGCAUGUCUGGAAUAAACGUUACCAUGCAUGGUCAACGCA